GAUCUUUAUCCUUUUUUAGUACUUCAAUCACAAGCAUUUAAACGAAUAAUAGAAGGACUUGACUUACAAGCUAAUAUGCUUAGUAAGGAUUAUUUAAAAGAAAUUCUCCUUAAUGCUGAAGAUAAUAUUUUACGAAAAAUUUGGGAAUACGUACUUGAUGAUAAUAUGGAGAUAUUAAUAGAAGAUGAAAAGCAAAUAACUAUUUUAGAAGCACGAAUAGAAUAUAAAGAAUUAGGUUCUUAUGAAUUAGACAAUGAAUCAGAUACAGAAAGUUUACAAGAUCCAACUGUAUCUGGUGAUGAAAAUAGUGAUGAAGAUAUCUUUUCUACUGCGGUAAUGCAUUUUCAAGAACACUUAAGUCAGCAAGAUAAUA